CGCACGCAUGAACUUUCUUGAAUUUGUCUAGAGUAUGAAGUCACUGGUAUCCUUCUAUCACAAUAAAACUACAAUUCCAUACAUGCCAUGCCAGGCUGUACACGUCAUAACCACGAGCAAGAACCAACUUCCUGGUGUUAGGGUGCCGGAUCAGCGUGGGAUAAAAACAAAAAUCUCUGUUAAGUUUGGGAUUAGAGGUGCUGUUGGCGAUCAGGAUGAUUGACAUGCGGGCGUGGGCGGAGUACCUGGUGGAAUGGGCGGCCAAGGACCCGUACGGCUUUCUGACCACUGUCAUCCUGGCACUUACACCCCUCUUCAUCGCCAGCGCCCUGUUGUCGUGGAAAUUGGCCAAGAUGAUUGAAGUGCGCGAUCGCGAACAGAAGAAGAAACAGAAACGUCAGGAGAAUAUCGCCAAGGCCAAGCGGACCAAGAAAGACUGAGCUGUGGAGGGAGAAAUAAUAGCUACAGUACACAGCUAUGCUCAACACUCUCUUCACUUGCAACACUGCUCCCCCUCGCCUCCUCAACCCAGUCCAGUGCAGGACCACAGACCAUCACUCCUGUCCAGUGUAGGAAGGAUUGUAGGCCCUACAUGGUGGCCUUACAGAGCUGAGAGGGAACUGUAUAGACAGAGGAGGCUCAUUUGAUUGGGCGAUCAGCGUGUGAACCGGGAUUCUGAUUAUGGGGGUGUUGCAGUACUUAGCAUUCCAUUUGUAACAACUCCAUUCCAAUGAUUUCAUAAACUACUUUGAUUGUUUAUCUCCAUUUUAAAUGACUUGUUAAAUUUCUGAAUCACUUGCAUGUUUUUAUUAAAUGAAGAUCUAAAUAAAAUAGGCUUGUAAUUUCUUGCAAAACAUAAUUCCCCAUAACCCUGCCUGUAUGACGCUUAAUUGAAAACGGUUGAGUUCCGACCUGACUUGAUGCGCAGGCAUUGUACUGCAUCAACCACUGGUUUUAUGUCAUCAACUGUUCAGUCGGGCAUAGACUGCUAUAUCAUAGCUGAUAAUUAAACACCUAUCCAAUU